AUGGCGGCGGACGUGUCCGUUACUCACCGGCCCCCGCUGAGCCCUAAGUCUGGGGCCGAAGUCGAAGCCGGCGAUGCCGCGGAGCGCCGGGCACCGGAAGAAGAGCUGCCGCCUCUAGAUCCAGAAGAGAUCCGGAAACGCCUGGAACACACCGAGCGCCAGUUCCGUAACCGCCGCAAGAUACUGAUCCGGGGCCUCCCGGGGGACGUGACCAACCAGGAAGUACAUGACCUGCUCAGUGACUAUGAGCUCAAAUACUGUUUUGUGGACAAAUACAAAGGGACAGCCUUCGUGACCCUGCUGAAUGGGGAGCAGGCCGAGGCCGCAAUCAACGCUUUCCACCAGAGCCGCCUGCGGGAGCGCGAGCUGUCGGUGCAGCUGCAGCCCACGGAUGCCCUGCUGUGUGUGGCCAACCUGCCCCCCAGCCUCACACAGCAGCAGUUCGAGGAGCUGGUGCGGCCCUUCGGCAGCCUGGAGCGCUGCUUCCUGGUCUACAGUGAGCGCACUGGCCAAUCCAAGGGCUAUGGCUUUGCCGAGUACAUGAAGAAGGACUCGGCUGCCCGUGCCAAGUCGGACCUGCUGGGCAAGCCGCUGGGACCACGCACCCUCUACGUGCACUGGACGGAUGCCGGGCAACUGACGCCUGCCCUUCUCCACUCCCGCUGCCUCUGUGUGGACCGCCUGCCACCUGGCUUCAACGAUGUGGACACUCUGUGCCGGGCGCUGUCAGCUGUCCACAGCCCCACCUUCUGCCAGCUGGCGUGCGGCCAGGAUGGGCAGCUGAAGGGCUUCGCGGUGCUGGAGUAUGAGACGGCUGAGAUGGCGGAGGAGGCACAGCAGCAGGCGGACGGCCUGUCCCUGGGGGGCAGCCACCUGCGAGUCUCCUUCUGCGCCCCUGGGCCCCCCGGCCGCAGUAUGCUGGCCGCUCUCAUCGCUGCCCAGGCCACGGCCCUCAAUCGGGGGAAGGGACUCCUCCCCGAGCCCAACAUCCUGCAGCUGCUCAACAACCUGGGCCCAUCCGCGUCCCUCCAGCUGCUGCUCAACCCCCUGCUCCAUGGCAGUGCAGGGGGGAAGCAGGGCCUCCUGGGUGCCCCCCCAGCCAUGCCACUGCUCAAUGGGCCAGCCCUGUCCACGGCACUGUUGCAGCUUGCCCUGCAGACCCAGGGCCAGAAGAAGCCCGGCAUCCUGGGAGACUCACCCCUGGGCGCCCUCCAGCCUGGGGCCCAGCCAGCCAACCCCCUCCUCGGGGAGCUGCCUGCAGGAGGGGGCCUGCCCCCGGAGCUGCCGCCCCGGCGAGGGAAGCCACCACCCCUGCUGCCAUCCGUGCUUGGCCCUGCUGGGGGUGACCGGGAGGCCCUGGGCUUGGGUCCCCCAGCGGCCCAGCUCACUCCUCCCCCUGCCCCUGUGGGGCUCCGAGGCUCUGGCCUCAGAGGCCUCCAGAAAGACAGUGGGCCUCUGCCGACGCCCCCUGGGGUCUCACUGCUGGGGGAGCCCCCCAAGGACUACCGGAUUCCCCUGAAUCCCUACCUGAACCUACACAGCCUGCUCCCGGCCAGCAACCUGGCGGGUAAGGAGGCCCGGGGCUGGGGAGGCGCCGGGAGAAGCCGCCGCCCAGCUGAGGGCCCCCCAACUAACCCCCCAGCCCCUGGAGGUGGCAGCAGCAGCAGCAAAGCCUUCCAGCUCAAGUCCCGCCUGCUCAGCCCCCUCAGCAGUGCCCGCCUGCCCCCCGAACCAGGGCUGUCUGACAGCUACAGCUUCGACUACCCCUCGGACAUGGGACCUCGGCGGCUCUUCUCCCACCCACGGGAACCAGCCCUUGGGCCUCACGGACCCAGCCGACACAAGAUGUCCCCCCCGCCCAGUGGCUUCGGCGAACGGAGCAGCGGUGGGAGUGGCGGGGGCCCCCUGUCUCACUUCUAUUCAGGCUCGCCCACUUCCUACUUCACCAGCGGCCUGCAGGCUGGCCUCAAGCAGAGCCACCUCAGUAAGGCAAUCGGCUCUUCCCCGCUGGGGUCCGGAGAAGGGCUCCUGGGCCUCAGCCCCGGGCCUAAUAGUCACAGCCACCUGCUGAAGGUACGGGCAGGGGGUGGGGACAUGCAGGGCUGGGAAGCCCCGGCCCCCCAGCGGCCCCUGACCCGCCCCGCCCUGCCCUCUGUCUCCAGACCCCACUGGGCGGCCAGAAACGCAGCUUUGCCCACCUGCUGCCCUCGCCCGAGCCCAGCCCAGAAGGCAGCUAUGUGGGCCAGCACUCCCAGGGCCUCGGCGGCCACUACGCGGACUCCUACCUGAAGCGGAAGAGGAUUUUCUAAGUGGCUGGCACCAGAGAUAACUCAAGGGCCUGCACCAAAUCGCUUUUGGGUUUUCUGGUGUUUUGUUUUGUGUUUUUUUAAACCAUUUUCUCUCUUUCGGUAAUAGAAAAAUCUCUGAAAGACUUUACUGACCAAUCAGCCGGAGCCCCAGGAGCCCAAGGGGUGUGGGGGAGUCUGGAGGCCUCAUUAUGUCUCUGGCUUGCUCCCCACGCUGAAACCCUGCAGCCUUAAGAGAGAGGGGCCCCGGCCUGCUCUCCCUCCCUCCCCCCAUCUCCUCCUCCGCUGUGCCCGUCUCUCCGGAGCCCUCCUGCCUCAUUGCUCCUGUAAUUUUGGCCUUUCGAGUGCCUUGGAGGUUUCCCUGACCUCCCGUGAAGAUACAGAGACUGUCUCCUUUUUUUUUAACUUUGACAACUGACUUCUGUUUCCUUUUCUAAGUUUUAUUUUUCAAACCACCCCGGACAGCCCCCAGCUCUGAUUCCUUCCAGGCCCGGCCUGUCCGGGCCACCAUUCCACACCUUGCGGUUUGAAACAGCUGUUUUUCCCACAUUUGCUGCAGGCAUGGCUGUCUCCUGCCCCUGCCUGCCCAUCUGGCCUAUACCCCAGCCCUGGGGCCCGGGGUCCCUGCCGCAGCCCCCUCCUCUUCUGAUGCCUUAAAAGCUGGGCCCCAGGCCCUGCUGGCCAGAGGCACAGAUGCCAAGCUCUGGGAGCUUGACUAUGGACCAAACAGCUCUGGCCUAGGGAUUGGGCCACCCUAUCCAGGAUCUCCACCCUGGGGACAGUAGAAGGGGAAAGCCUUCAUCUUGGCGAACCGGCCCCACCACCCCCUCCUCCCCGGGCCUCCGUGCAGAGAUGGGCUUUCUCUGCCAGUCCCCUGCUGUCUGUCUGUGGGAGUCGGACAUUGUGCCCAUCUCCCGGAGCCUCUGCUGUCACUCGCUUGUUGAAGAUGAAUUCUUGAAUUCUGCCUGCCCACCCCCGGCCAGAUCCCUGGAGCUGGCCUCCUUCCAGCCCAGUGCCAGAAACCAGCACUCCAUGAAGAUAAACUCUGGGCCCGCCCACCAGCAGGACCUGUCGACCUGAGGUGACCCUGGGCCUUGCCCCCAGCCAACUGGGCCACCAGCUUCCCUCCCUUGACUCUGGGGGUCCACAUCCACUCCAAGGGGACUAUUCCCCCGACCCCACCCCAGUCUCCCCACACGGACCUUUGCUGAAUUAAAGUUUGUAAGUAAAUGGUUUUAAAGAAA